GACAUUCCUUUGUUAUCAAUUUAAUUCUUUCUUUUUUUUAUUUUUAUUUUUAUUUUUAAUUUUAAUUUUAUUAAAUUUAUAUAUAAAUAUAUAUAUAUAAAAACAGAAAAAUUACAUAAUGUCUGCCAAACCUAUUCGUGAAUACGAUGGCAAGCUCUUGCUGGCCUACCACCUCUUGCGUGCUCCCCUGGCCGCUAACCAGAGCCAGACCUCUCUCUUCCAGCCUGCCCCAACAAAGCUGGCCCAUAUCAACGUCGACACCAGUCUCACCGGCGCCGCUUUUGACAUUGCUCUCAAGCAGCAGCUCGAUACCCUUGAGCAGACCCACCCAUGGAUCCUCACAGACAAGCUGGUCGCCAAGCCCGAUCAACUCAUCAAGCGUCGUGGAAAGCAUGGUCUCUUGACUCUCAACAAGACAUGGAAGGAAGCCCGUCCUUGGAUUGAAGAACGCGCCGGCAAGGAAGUAAAGAUCGAAAAGACUUCGGGUAUCCUCAAGACUUUCCUCGUAGAACCUUUCUGCCCUCACCCCGCAAACACAGAGUACUACAUCUGCAUCAACUCUGACCGUGACGGUGACUACAUCCUCUUCACUCACGAAGGUGGUAUCGACGUCGGUGAUGUCGACGCCAAGGCUCUCAAGCUACUCGUCAAGGUCGACGAGGGCUAUCCUUCCCCCCAGGCUAUCAUCACCUCGCUCCUCAAGGACGUUCCUUCCCAGAAGCACGCCGUCCUGGUCGAGUUCAUCAGCCGCCUCUAUGCAGUCUACGUCGACCUGCAUUUCACAUAUCUCGAAAUCAACCCCCUUGUGGUUACAGAUGGCGAGAACGGCGCUCCUCCUCAGGUCAUGUACCUCGAUCUUGCCGCCAAGCUCGAUCAGACUGCCGAGUUCGAGGCCGGUCCCAAGUGGGCUAUUGCCCGCGCUCCCCAGAACGGUGGCUUGAUCGGCUCUGGCGAACACGGCCCAUCCAUGGCCUUCCCUGCCCCCUUUGGCCGUGAACUGACCAAGGAAGAGGCCUAUAUCCAGGAACUCGACAGCAAGACCGGUGCGUCCCUGAAGCUCACGGUCCUCAACCGCGACGGCCGCAUCUGGACCAUGGUUGCCGGUGGUGGUGCCUCGGUUGUCUACUCUGAUGCCAUUGCUGCCCUCGGUCACGCUGACCAGUUGGCCAACUAUGGCGAGUACUCUGGCGCACCCACCGAAACCCAGACCUACGAGUACGCCAAGACCAUCCUGGACUUGAUGACCCGCGGCUCGGUCAACCCCCAAGGCAAACUGCUGUUUAUCGGUGGUGGUAUUGCAAACUUCACAAACGUCGCCACAACCUUCAAGGGCAUCAUCCGCGCCUUGACCGAGUUCAAGCAGGCCCUGAUCUCCCACAAGGUCCGCAUCUUUAUCCGUCGUGGUGGUCCUAACUACCAGGAGGGUCUGCGUGCCAUGCGCCAGCUGGGUGAGACCCUCGGCGUCGAGAUCCAGGUCUUUGGUCCCGAAACUCACAUCACCGAGAUCGUGCCCUUGGCCUUGACCGGAAAGGUGUCUUCUAUUCCUGCCGCAAAACAGAGCGGGUCUGGAAACCUCUUCCAGGACCAGAUCUUUGGUAACAACACCGCCUCCACAACUCCAUCCGGUGCCAGCAGCCCCAAACUCAAGUUGUCCGAUGACCAGGACUCACCCGAAGACUCCAAGGAUCGCAUCAGCUACUUUGACGCCCCUGCCCAAGAGUCCCACGAGUGGUACCGUCCCUUCACCAAGUCUACCCGCUCCUUUGUCUAUGGCAUGCAGCCCCGUGCUGUCCAGGGUAUGCUCGACUUUGAUUUCAUGUGCAAGCGCCAGUCUCCCUCAGUCGCAGCCAUGGUCUAUCCCUUUGGCGGCUCCCACGUCCAGAAGUUCUACUGGGGCACAAAGGAAACCCUGAUCCCUGUGUUUGCCUCGCUCAAGGAAGCCGUCGAAAAGUACCCCGAGGUCGAUGUGGUGGUCAACUUUGCCUCCUGUCGCUCCGUCUUUGACUCGACCCGCGACAUCUUUGCCUACUCCAAGCAGAUCAAGACCAUCGCCAUCAUUGCCGAGGGUGUACCCGAGCGCCGUGCCCGCCAGCUCUUGCACGAGGCCGAGCGUCUCAAGGUGCUCGUGAUCGGUCCUGCCACUGUCGGUGGCAUCAAGCCCGGAUGCUUCAAGAUCGGAAACACCGGUGGAAUGAUGGACAACAUCGUGGCCUCCAAGCUCUACCGCGCCGGUUCGGUUGGUUAUGUGAGCAAGUCGGGUGGUAUGUCCAACGAACUCAACAACAUCGUGUCCCGCACAACCGACGGUGUCUACGAGGGUGUGGCCAUCGGUGGUGACCGCUACCCCGGAUCGACCUUUAUCGACCACUUGUUGCGUUAUGAGGAGGACCCCAAGUGCAAGAUGCUGGUCUUGCUUGGUGAGGUUGGUGGUGUAGAAGAGUACAGGGUCAUCGAGGCUGUGAAGAACAAGACGAUCAAGAAGCCUGUGGUGGCCUGGUGUAUCGGAACCUGCGCAAGCAUGUUCACAACCGAUGUCCAGUUCGGUCACGCCGGUGCCAUGGCCAACUCUGACCUCGAGACUGCCAACGCCAAGAACCGUGCCAUGCGUGCAGCUGGUAUUGUUGUGCCCGAGACCUUUGAGGCCAUGCCCUUGGCUUUGGCCGAUACCUACGCCAAGCUUGUCCAGGCCGGCACUAUUGUUCCCCGCGCUGAACCCGAGGUGCCCAAGAUCCCAAUUGACUACUCCUGGGCUCAGGAACUCGGUCUGGUCCGUAAGCCUGCCAGCUUUGUGUCCACCAUUGUCGACGACCGUGGCCAGGAGCUUUUGUAUGCUGGUAUGCGCAUCACCGAUGUGUUCAAGGAGGAGAUCGGCAUUGGCGGUGUGUUGUCUCUGCUCUGGUUCAAGCGCAGAUUGCCCGACUAUGCAUGCAAGUUUAUCGAGAUGGUCCUGAUGCUCACUGCCGAUCACGGCCCUGCUGUAUCUGGAGCCAUGAACACCAUCAUUACCACCCGUGCCGGCAAGGACCUCAUCUCUUCUCUGGUUGCCGGUCUCUUGACCAUCGGUGAGCGCUUCGGUGGUGCUCUUGACGGUGCGGCUUCCAACUUUGCCAAGGCCUACGACAGCGGCCAGUCCCCCCGCGAGUUCGUGUCCUCGAUGCGUAAGGCCAACAAGCUGAUUCCCGGUAUUGGCCACAAGAUCAAGUCGCGCACCAACCCUGAUAUGCGUGUCGAGCUCGUCAAGUCCUAUGUACUCAAGCACUUCCCUUCGACCCCGAUCCUCAACUAUGCCCUCCAGGUCGAGGAAAUCACGACCUCCAAGAAGGACAACCUGAUUCUCAAUGUCGAUGGCUGUAUUGCGGUCUCGUUUGUCGAUCUCUUGCGUGAGUCUGGUGCUUUUACUCGUGAGGAAGCCGAGGAAUACAUGAAGAUUGGAACCCUCAAUGGUCUGUUUGUCCUUGGCCGCUCGCUCGGUUUCAUUGGUCACCACUUGGAUCAGAAGAGACUCAAGCAGGGCUUGUACAGACACCCUUGGGAUGAUAUCUCUUACUUGUUGCCUUCGCUUGAUCCUCAGAGUCUUGAUCCUCGUCGCGUGACUGCACGUGUCAACGUUCAAAAGAAAUAAUCACAUCUUUUUUUUUUGUUUGUUCCCUAUUCAUUUACCUUUCUUCAUUUUUCGCUUGCACUUUCUUUUUUUUUUUUUAAAAAAAUUUUCUCUAGUUUUUUUUUGCUUUAACUUUUCUUCUUAAUCCUUGUACACCAUUUUCCUAUCUCUUUCUCUCUAUAUCUUUCUCAUUAACUCACCUAUACUCCAAAAAAGGAAAGAAAAAAAAAAGAUAUAUAUUUUAUAUAUAUAUAUAUUUUGUAUCAAUCAAUCAAUCAAUCAAUUAAUCAAUCAAUAUUUUAUUUUAAUAAAAAAAAACAAAAAAUGGUUAAACAACAAAAAAA